AUGCAACAUUUUGAGAUGAAAGGCAUUCUGAAACAUAAAACCAAGCACUUCUCAGAUGUGGAGGGCACCACCCUGAGCAGCAGCAUCGGGGCGGUGCGCUGGAACCUGCCGGAGGAAAGGGUCACAGCUCACAGCUCAGCCCCCAGCAGAAACAACAAUGCCAGCAGCCCCGGCACACAGUCGCAGAAACAAACUCGUCAGAGUGGCCUGAAGGAUCUGCGCAGCCUUCAGGAGUGUGUCCAGUUCAUCAAACACUGGAAGGAACAAGUAGACCAAGUGUGCAAGGGCGGUAAAGGCACCAGUAAAAAUGAGGCCCGAAUGUCUGACCGGCGCACCGAGCGCAGCCUGGAAGAGAGUAGGAAACUGAUCCUGGAGUGGGCCAACGAGCUGCACCACAUUGACAAGCUGCUGAAAGAAACACCCUGGGUGUCCGAGAGCCAAGAAGAUGAUGAGAAACAGGAUGUGGACGGCAAAGAGGAUUCACAAAUGAGGAUCAUGGAGUGGGCCAAGGAGCUGCAGAUGGCCUCAGAGAGUUGUGGUGUGCAGAGCGAGGAGCUCGGCCAGGUCCUGCGCCUGCUGGGCCUGAGGAAGAAGAGGCUGGUCAACCUGCUGCCCCUGCUGGAGUUCAUCACCUGGUCUCUGCUCAGGGAGGACUGCACGAGGUUGAUUCCUCAGUUAUGGCUACUGACCAAACAGCGGACCUGGAAGGCAGGAAUUCCACGCUACAUCCCCAACUCAGUGUGGUCUUGGAUUGUCAAGGCAGCAGCUGAUGUGAUGCUCGACCCCAACACCAACCACCCCUGGCUGCAGCUGUCGGACGACCAGCGCAAGGUUCAGGAGGGGAUCUCGGAGUCCGAUCUGCCUUACAGCUCCCAGCGGUUCAACAGCUGGCCCUGCGUGCUGGGCUGGGAGGGUUACGCCAGCGGCCGCCACUACUGGGAGGUGGACAUCGCCAACAAUGGCUACUGGCGCGUGGGGCUGACCACCGCCGAGUCCAAGCGCCAUGGCCGCUUCCCCAUGACCCCCCAGCAGGGCUACUGGGCCCUGUGGCGCAGCACCCACCAGUUUUACGCCUGCACUAAGCCGGAGACCCCGCUGCCCGUGGGCCUUGUGCCGCGCCGCAUCGGCGUCUACUUGGAUUACGAAGAGGGCCAGAUCUCCUUCUACAACGCCGACACCAAGUCCCACAUCUACACCUUCACCGGGACCUUCAGAGGGAAGCUGUACCCACUGUUCGCCCCAAUGGAUGGGCGUACGCUCAUGACCAUCAUCCCACCACACAAAAUCUCUGUGAAUUAAUGAGGCAUCAUCUGCAUACAGGG